AUGGAAUACCUCUGGAUACUGCUGUCUGUCUUUUUACAGUUCACCUUCCAUCCAGGCAACGCCAAGCCCGCCAUCACCACCGCUGAGCACGGCCGCCUCGUCAUCGACCUCAACAGGCCGUUCGAGCUGCGUUGCCAGGGUGAGAAGGAGAUGCAGUGGCAGCGGGAGGACCGGCCCAAUGUGAAGCUGCGGGGAGAGAAGAAGGUGGACGGGAUGUCCACGCUGCACGUCACCAGGGCUCUGCCCGGUCACAUGGGCCGCUACAUCUGCCUGGAGAAGAGCUCUGGGGAGCGGGCCUCCGUCUACAUCUAUGUCAGAGAUCCUGAUAAUCCCUUCAGAAAAUCAAUGGUGUUCAACAUUCUCACUCGUGUGGGAGACACUGCUUCCAUCCCCUGCCUGGCAACCGAUCCGAGUCUGGGCAACCUGCGCCUGGAAACGUGCUCCAGCACAGCUCUGGCCUCUGGUCUCAACUACUCUGCCAGCCUGGAGCAAGGCAUCACCAUCCACAACACGCAGAAGGCCUACGAGGGUUGCUACGUGUGCACGGGAACUCUCAAGGGAAGGCACAUCAGAUCCCACGACUACCACCUGACAGUGCGACCAGUCCCCAUCGCUCCUCCUGUGAUUGAGAUGCAGGCCCCCAAAAGAGUGGUCCUGACCCGGAACGAGAGUCUGUCCCUCACCUGCAACACCACCAACGUCAACGGGGACAUCAAGCUGCAGUGGGUCACCCCACCUGGCUCGGGUGCCGUCUGGUAUCCACAGCAACCAGCAAAGAUUGACGGUGCUUCACGCAUCCUGACGGAGAACUUCACUCACAUGCGCAGCUCCACGUUGCACGUUGCGGCGGUCGGGCCCCAAGACGCCGGGACGUACCGAUGUGAAGCCGAGAACGAAAGAGGGGUCAGCACGCAGUCGGUGCGGCUCGAUGUUUAUGACAAAGGGUUCAUCAACUUAACGCCCACAAACAACAGAACCAUCCACGUGCGCUCGGGCGAGAGCUUGACCCUGAACGCUGACAUGGAGGCCUAUCCCAAACCACACACCUUCUCCUGGAGCUUCAUGGGCCACGAGCUGAAGAACACAACCGACCACGUCAUCACCACACACAGCCACGAAUACAGGUACAGCAGCGAGCUGAGGCUGGUGCGGCUGAAAAUGUCAGAGGGAGGAGUUUACACCUUUCGAGCCUCCAACGGCGACGCGUCAGUGAAUCAGACGUUCACCAUCUUUGUGACCAGUAAACCCGAGAUCGUAUCUCACGAGGGCCCGGUGGACGGACAGGUACGCUGUGUGGCUGAGGGGUUUCCUGCCCCCCAGAUCACCUGGUAUUACUGUGAGCAGCCGUACAUCAGGUGCUCCCAACAGGUGAACGCCACCCAGGAGGAGCACAACGUGAUCACCGUCACGCUCUUCAGCCCCAUGUUUGGGAAGACGGAGGUGGAGAGCCGGGUGAACGUCAGCAGGGGACGGUUCAACACUCUGGAAUGUGUGGCCACCGUGGAGGGAGAGCAGGCCUACACGCUCUUCUCCAUCAGCGAGAGAACUGUUCCCCACGAUCUGUUCACCCCCCUGCUAAUUGGCUCCGUGUCAGCCGCAGGCAUCCUCUGCCUCGUCCUCAUCAUGCUGUUCUACAAGUACAUGCAGAAACCCAAGUACCAGAUUCAGUGGAAAGUCAUCGAGGGUAUCCAUGGAAACAACUAUGUGUACAUUGACCCCACCCAGCUGCCGUACGAUCAUCAGUGGGAGUUCCCGCGAAACAACUUGCGUUUCGGGAAGACGCUGGGAUCUGGUGCGUUUGGGAAAGUGGUGGAAGCCACUGCGUACGGUCUCUCCAAAGCAGACUCCGUCAUGACGGUGGCUGUGAAAAUGCUCAAAUCGAGCGCUCAUGCCACGGAGAAAGAGGCGCUGAUGUCAGAGCUGAAAGUCCUCAGUUACUUGGGAAACCACAUGAACAUUGUGAACCUGCUGGGAGCCUGCACUGUUGGAGGUCCCACACUCGUGAUAACAGAGUACUGCUGCUUCGGAGACCUUCUUAAUUUUCUACGCAGAAAGAGAGAAUCCUUCAUCUGCUUCAAGCCGGAGGAAGACUGCUACUACCGCAACAUCACGCCGCAGAGAGACACAGCUGGAGACAGCUUGAACGGCUACAUGACCAUGAGGCCUUCUGUUGCUGGCAACCCUCCCUUCGGCUCGUCCUCCGAGAAGAGACGCUCGCUGCACAAAGGCGGCUCCUACGUGGAAGCAGACGCAGAGAGCGAGAUGUUUGACGAGGACGGUCUGUCUCUCGACACCGAGGACCUUCUCAGCUUCUCAUACCAAGUGGCCAAAGGCAUGGAGUUCUUAGCCUCCAAAAAUUGUAUCCACAGAGACCUGGCAGCCAGAAACAUCCUCCUGACUCAAGGAAGAGUGGCAAAGAUCUGUGACUUCGGCCUGGCCCGGGACAUCACCACCGACUCCAACUAUGUAGUCAAAGGAAACGCUCGUCUGCCAGUGAAGUGGAUGUCUCCAGAAAGUAUCUUUGAGUGCGUGUACACGUUUGAAAGUGACGUGUGGUCCUACGGCAUCCUGCUUUGGGAAAUCUUCUCACUAGGAAACAGUCCUUAUCCCGGGAUGCCUGUGGACGCCAAGUUCUACAAACUGAUAAAAGAAGGUUACAGAAUGGACGCUCCAGAGUUUGCACCCAGUGAAAUGUAUCAGAUUAUGAGGUCCUGCUGGGAUGCUGACCCCUUCAACAGACCCCCCUUCAGGAAGGUCGUGGAAAGGAUUGAACAGCAGCUGUCAGAUGCCACUAAGCACAUUUAUCUGAACUUCAGCUUCAGGCUUCCUGUGACGCCCAGAGACAGGGAGGAGCCCAGUUCUCAGAGCACAGCGGUUCACCGUCUCAACUCAGCAGGCACCAACAGCGCUCUGACCCAGCCCUUACUGGUCCAGCACGAGGUCUUCCUGGAGGGGACAACCCUCACAGCGCAACGGGUGUAAGGACCCAACCCGACCUGUCUGGCAGCCUCAUAAAGUGCCUGUAAUGUUCCGCCACAAACCACCCAACCACUACACCCGCCCACCGCUCUGGUACCGGCAGCGCUUGUCGUCACGUGUCGCAGACGGAAUGAUAAUUGCCAUGAAUUAGAAGAAAGAACACCGAAGGAAGAAUGGCUUUUGUCGUUGCUGUCACUAUUAUUGCCUGCUGAUCAUAGGGAGGACAGUUGGACUAAUGCUCCCCUGCUCACAGCAAAGAACUGCUGAGGUACCGGGGAGGGUGGAGGGACAUCAGCCGUUACUCUAACACUGUCAUUGAG